CUGAUCGAUUCUUCAGCGCUUGCUGGGCCCUUGUCCUGUAGCAGAUCAUCAGGAGCUGUAGACUUCUUGUAUGCGGCCCUAUUCAUCUUGUAGGGUCGGCUGAAUCCUUUUGCUCCCUUCCCCUCAGAUAAUGCAGGUGCGGGCCGCAGUGUCUGUGGGGGAGGCUCCUGUAGGAUUUGGCUGUUCUACACUUGUCUGCUUAUUGCUUCUUCAUUCCAGUCAUGAUGUCUGUCACCCUGGGAGCCACAAAGCAUUAGUGACAGCAUCCAGCACUGGACUCCAGCAAUGUUCCUGGGCCUGUGUGUGCGCUCUGCAGCAAGUCCUGCAUUCCAUGUUGCCCAGACUGACGGCGCUACGUAUGAGCGGAGACACAGCGGACAGAUGAGAUCUUUACACUCAGACCCUGGGCUGGAGAGAAGUCGCUAACUUGGAACUUUUCAUUCACGAUGGAUUCCAAGCAAGAAAGUCCUCAUGUGUGGCCUCCUGCUGAAGACCAAACACCCAAUACUGCCCAGGUGCAUUUUGUUCCUGAUGGGGGAGCUGUGGCACAGAUUGUAUACAGUGAUGACCAGGAGCGACCACCGCAGCAGGUGGUUUACACUGCAGAUGGCUCCUCAUUCACUUCAGUGGAUGCCUCGGAACACACCCUAGUGUACAUUCACCCAGUGGAUGGGUCACAGGCACUUUUUACUGACCAACCCCAGGUUGCAUAUGUCCAACAAGAUGCCACCACCCAACAGGUUACAGUAUUGCUGCCUGCGUCACAGAGCAUGAAUGCUGCCAACCUAGCUGUGCUCAGUAGUGUCCCCGAAUCUGCUCAAACCAUGACAUUGGAACCGGUGGCCCAGUCGUCAUUAUCAGUGCAUGAGAGCAGCCUACCUCCUGUGGAUGGUGUGGAAGGUACAGCAGACAUGGCUGCCCUGCAGAGCUCAAGUGCUGAUUCUCAAGGGAAGGAUGAUGAUGAUGAUGACGAGGAUGAUGACGAUGAUGAUGACGACGACGACGAUGAGGAGGAAGACGAAGAUGAAGGAGAAGAGUCAGAUAUGGAUGAGUGGGAUCCAGAUCCGCCUCGACCCUUUGAUCCCAAUGAUCUGUGGUGUGAGGAAUGCAAUAACGCCCAUCCCUCUGUGUGCCCUAAACAUGGAGCCCUCCAUCCAAUUCCUAACCGCCCUGUUCUAACCCGAGCUCGAGCCAGUCUGCCUUUAGUCCUCUACAUUGAUCGUUUCCUUGGUGGAGUAUACUCCAAACGCCGUAUUCCCAAACGUACGCAGUUUGGGCCUUUGGAAGGGCCUCUAGUCAAACAGUCAGAGCUAAAGGAUGCCUACAUCCAUCUGAAGGUUUUAUUAAAUAAUUCCCUGGAGCCUCAGGAGACUUAUCAGGAAGAUCUGUGGUUUGAUUUGUCUGAGGAAAGUCUCUGCAACUGGAUGAUGUUUGUACGUCCGGCGCAGAAUCACUUGGAGCAGAACCUGGUGGCCUAUCAGUAUGGACAGCACAUCUAUUACACCACCAUAAAGAAUAUUGAGCCAAAACAGGAACUAAGGGUUUGGUAUGCUGCAUCAUAUGCAGAGUUUGUAAACCAAAAGAUUCAUGACAUUUCACAGGAGGAAAGGAAGGUUCUAAGGGAACAAGAAAAGAAUUGGCCGUGUUAUGAGUGUAAUCGACGCUUCAUGAGCUCGGAACAACUACAGCAGCACCUAAACUCUCACGAUGAGAAACUGGAUUUCUUCAGCAGGGCGAAAGGACGUGGCAGAGGGAGAACAAGAAGGAAAUUUGGACCAGGAAGGAGACCAGGAAGGCCUCCAAAAUUUAUGCGUUUGGACAUUACAGGCGAAAACAGAGAGAAGUGCGGUCUUGGAAGUCAGGUACAGGAGCUUUUGCACUUCCAUAAUAAGGCUCCGAAGUUUGAGGACAGUAGUUCGAAAACGAUCAAUGGCCUCGACCAGUCAGGGCUUUCCUUGGGUCCAACAACACAAGGUACACUGGAUCCACAGGCAGAGAGCCAACUCCUACAACCUGCUCCAACUGUGCAGCCCAUACAGGCCACCUCUCAAAGUUCCUUAACAGCUGAAGACAUGCGAAGAGCCAAACGCAUACGGAAUGCUGCCCUGCAACAUCUGUUUAUCCGAAAGACAUACCGACCCUUUAAAUGUCUGCAGUGUGGCAAGGCUUUCAGGGAAAAGGAGAAACUCGAACAACACUUACGCUUCCAUGGUCGAGAUGGCAAUUGUCCUCUGACCUGUGACAUCUGCAACAAGGGCUUUAUUAGCACCAGCUCCCUGGAGAACCACAUGAAGUUCCAUCUGGACCAGAAGACUUACUCCUGCAUCUUUUGCACAGACUCCUUUGACCGCCUGGAUCUACUGAAGGACCAUGUGGCUGUGCAUGUAGUGGAUGGCUGCUUCAGCUGCCCAACAUGCAAAAAACGCUUCUCUGAUUUCAUUCAGGUGAAGAAACAUGUGCGGAGCUUCCACUCUGAGAAAAUAUACCAGUGCACAGAAUGUGAUAAGGCCUUCUGCAGGCCAGACAAGCUACGGCUACACAUGCUCAGGCACUCCGACCGCAAAGACUUUCUCUGUUCCACGUGUGGCAAGCAGUUUAAGAGAAAGGACAAGCUAAGGGAACACAUGCAACGCAUGCACAACCCAGAGAGAGAAGCCAAGAAGGCAGAUCGCACAGGGCGCACCAAGGCAUUUAAGCCACGCAUUGCCUCCACAGACUAUGAAAGCUUCAUGUUCAAAUGUCGCUUGUGUAUGAUGGGCUUUCGGAGAAGGGGCAUGCUGGUCAAUCAUUUGUCAAAGAGGCAUCCAGAAAUGAAAAUAGAGGAAGUUCCAGAGCUCACAUUGCCCAUCAUUAAACCCAACCGUGACUAUUAUUGUCAGUACUGUGAGAAGGUUUACAAAAGUGCCAGCAAGAGGAAAGCACACAUCCUGAAGAACCACCCAGGAGCAGAGCUGCCUCCUAGUAUCAGAAAGCUCCGUCCUGCGGGGCCUGGAGAACCUGACCCCAUGUUAAGUACGCAUACCCAACUAACUGGAACGAUUGCAACACCCCCAGUUUGCUGCCCACACUGUGCCAAGCAAUACAGCAGCAAGACCAAGAUGGUUCAGCAUAUACGUAAGAAACAUCCAGAGUUUGCCCUGUUGCCCAUCAGCACGCAGACCACCAUGAUUAGUGCAGCCCCUACAGUGCUGACAGCUGAUGGCACAAGUGGAGAGACUGUGGUGACAACAGAUCUUCUGACUCAGGCGAUGACCGAGCUAUCACAGACUCUAACUACAGAAUAUCGCACAGCCCAGGGUGACUAUCAGCGCAUACAGUAUAUCCCAGUGUCACAAGCAACAGCUGGCAUGCAGCAGCCGCAGCACAUUCAGCUCCAGGUGGUGCAGGUUUCCCAGGCUCCUUCACCCCACCAGACCCAGCAUUCCACUGUAGACAUGGGGCAGCUUCAUGAAUCCCAAGGAUUCAGUCAGCAUGCCAUCCAGGUUCAGCAUAUCCAGGUGACUGAGCCUCCCCCAGGCAGCCAGGCCUCCACUCAGGUAGGGGCACAGACUCUCAGUCCCUCAUCGCAGGAAGCAGAACAAGAUGUCAGUCCUUCACAAAUGCAGACGCCGACCUCCCAAACUCAGACCAACUCCACAGUGCAACAUGCCUACCUGCCAAGUGGAUGGAACUCUUUCCGAGGUUACCCUUCUGAGAUCCAGAUGAUGACCUUACCUCAGGGUCAGUAUGUCAUUACAGAGGCGGCUGUGGGCACCCCUGUUACACCAGUGAACAGUGGUCAGGUGAAGACACACUACGUCAUCUCUGAUGGGCAGACCGAUCUGGAGAUGAAGAAGGCAGAGGAGGGGACCCCCAACCAAGACCACUUGGAGCAAACAUCUGCCAAUCAAUCUCAGACAACACAGUACAUAAUCACCACCACAACCAACAUGAACGGGAGCAGCGAGAUGCAUAUCGGCAAGCCCUGACACGAGGCUGCACAUAGAGCACUACAGCGAUGUCUCCAUGACAUGUAUUCAGAUGGCACAGAGAGUGUUCUACGAUGCCAUCAGUACCAGGUUUCUGUCACGUGACCUAUGGCAAUAUAUUGUUGUAUUGCUGCUUCGAAGGAGUCUUAAUUAUGACGAUUUGCAGCAGUGAUUGUCACACUGGAAGCUACCACUAUAACCUUGAGGGUUUCCAGGCAGCGAUCUACAGGUUAUCAAGCAUGGCAUCACAUUGCCUUCUCUCAUUCCAUGUACUCGAGUCUCAUAACUGUGCACAAAAAGAACAGUAUGCUUCUAAUGUGAGAGAGAAUCUGCACGGUUCUAUGGAUGGACCUCUGUCAUGUCUGGGCAUGAACUGAUUGCAAACUGUGCAAAAUGUUUUUACAAAGUGCCCAGCCAUAUUGUUCCUAAAUAACACACUGCAAAAAAAGAUGGUCCUAUGGCUGCUCUCCAGGAUUUCCUGGAAUCACAUGUUUAGUAUGUAAAGGAGUUUUUGUUUCCUUCUGCAGUUCCUUAUUUUCUUUUAGAAACUGGCAGGAUGCUGAGAGCUUGGUUUUAUCAACUGGCAUUAAAUGCAUUUUCAGAUGUAGGUGACUGAGGCUUCACUUACGUGAGGUAUUUCUGAAGUGCCACAUGUUCCCCCUUUUAUGUGAUUACACUCACUAAGGCUUUGGAGGGGCGCAGCAGUCACUAUGUGCAGGUUAUUGACUAUACACUGCCGAUGCAGCAUUUUCUGACUAAACAGGUCACAGGUCAGUACUGCUCAAGUAACAGGAGCCUAGGAUCCCAUUGGAGCGACUCUUUCCUCAUUCUUCCUGACUACGUCUGGACAUGAUGUCAUUUAUGUAAAAUAAUUUUAUAGCCCUAGAAUGAUUGUGACAUCAGUCCCAAAAGUGCAAAAUACUGUGAAGACUCCAACCUCUACAGCUGUGUCCACAACUGGGACACAAGGGAGGACGGGUGGAACUGGAAAGUGUUCUCCGACUAACUAAAGCGUGUCGCUGUUCUCCGUUUCUCAAACAGGAAUGUAUUUUAACAGUUGUAAUUAGAAAAGUAUGAAAACAUAUUCCUCUAUUCCAUGUGUUUUCAAGUAUAUUUAUAAGUAUUUAUUUUUACCUGGGCCCCAUCCUGCUGCAUUAAAUAAAUUCUUUUCCAUCAUG